AUGGGGUGCUGCUGUUGUUAUCCCUCGGAUUUUAGGGUCGCCCGACAAGCUUCCUCGCCGCUGCACAGACGGUCGAGCUCUGUUGAGCACCGCUCCUUCGAACAAAAUGUGUUCCAUCGGCCUAAGCAACCGGCUAAGACUAGAUACAUCUGCGACCUGUGCGGCGUUGAGGUCGACCCGACCCUCUUUGACGGCCACCAGGAGGUAUGCCGGACAAACCACCUCCGCACCAUCCUAGCCAAGAAUGCUGCGCUUCUCUCCCAUGCAAACAUUCAGCCAUCGUCCUCGGCGAAGUUUCACGACGACGCGGCGUCGGGGGACAAGGAGCUGUGCUUGGUAUGCAUGGAUCGGCCUCGCAGCUACGCCUUUCUGCCAUGCGGGCACAUUAGCUGCUGUCAGGAGUGCACCAAGUCUCUUGAUCAGUGUCCCCUCUGUCGACAGCCGCGCGAGGGCCUUUGCCAUGUUUCACCAAACGUGACUGCGCAGUACGAGUGCAAGCAUUGCCACGAGCUCAUCGCACCCACCCUCUUCGAUGGACAUCGCGAAGUUUGCGGCUUGCGACAGCGUCAAACGCAGCGCGAGGCCGAGGAGGCUGCUGCCGCCGCAGCGGCAGCGGCAGUAGCCGUGGGCGUUCCCGUAGAGGCAGCUGAGAAUUCGGCUGUCUGGCAAAACAGCACCAAUUCGAUGCCGAGCAGGAGCCCGCCCCAACCAGCGAUCGCCACACCGCCUGGCCCCAUGCUACCCACAGCGACAGCGCCGGCACGCAACCCAGCACGCUCGCUCUCGCACGUCUGCCUAGAGUGCGGCAAAAUGUAUGGCCAGCUGGUCGUCUGUGCACCGUGUGGGCACCGCGUGCUGUGCUACACCUGCGCCGAGAAGCGUACGACGUGCCCCGUGUGCUUGAGCGAGAUUCACGACAUAGUCGUGGCGUUCGACUGA